GUUCGCCGAUAACCAAAAAGAUCAUCGAGCUUCCAAUCCAAGUCGGCAAAGUCCCCAAGUGUAACACGCAGGCGAGCACAAAACCGCACAAAUAUGUCGACGGUGGAGCAGGAGGAGCUGUCCGAGUGCGAGGUGCUGUGGCCGGAGACGCGCCACGGCGCUCCGGGGAGCCCGUAUGGGCCAUCGACGGCGGCUCCCGGAGGAGCCUCCAGGGAUCACCGCCGGCAGCGCUCUGCGCCCGUGGACAUUCCCAGGCCCGCCCACCUGCCCCGCGGGCGCGCCGACCUGGACGACGAGGAGGAGGAGGAGGAGCACGACGGCGCCAUGGUGCCGCCGCACCUGAUGGUGUCGCGCAGGUGGUCGGAGGGGAAGGCGGCGGCGUUCUCGCUGCGGUCGGGGCCCGGGCGGGCGCACCGGGACCUCAGCCACCUGCGCAACUCCGUGUUGCGGAUGACCGGCUUCAUCGAAGGGUGACAGUGACAGAGAAGGCGGGCCCGCCGUCGUCUGUGCAUACGUGCGAGCGAGGAAAGUAGCCGGUGGCACCACGCGUCUUCGCCACGGUGUUGGGCUGUUGGUCAGUCAAUUUUGUUGGGCUCAUCUUCCCCGUGGCUGCCAGUCGAAAUGAUGAGUCUCCCUUGGGUUGGUUCAUGGAAAUCGGCCGGUAGCGAGUUUAGGAUUAUUUUUCUCGGAAUGGAAUAAACUACUGUGAGAUUCUUCA